CCUUGGUAAACAAAAAACAUUUUCUGAACUGAUUUUCGCAUAAUUUUGAGUGAUUUUUCGCAUAAUUUAACCGAACAUGUUCGUCAAACGCCUAAUUUAUCGCAGGCCGAGUCUUCAACCUUUAAUCCGGCAUUGUUCUCAAGCAAAUUCUACCUUGAAUUCUCAAGCAAAUUCUGCCUCGGAACCCACUUUCGACGACGACGAAGACCAAAAACCGCCACAAAAACUCAAAUAUCGCCCACAAGUCAAAGCCGUAAUCGAUGCAAAGCUCACAGAAGAUCUCAGUAGCAAGACAAUUGUAGCCCGAAAACAUCCGGGAGCGAAUCAACUGAAAGCUACUUUGCUACCUGAACACAUUGCCGCGACAUUUGAAAAAGUAAUUGGCGACCAUCCGCCAAAACAACUCACCAAAGACGCAGUUUUUCUGGACAAUUAUCUCAAAGCGCGUCAUGCCCCUGCGGAACAACAUGAAAUCCGUUCGCGAAUGAAAGCCAUUCAAUUGGAGGUCGAACAAAAAUUCAACAUUGACACAUCGCAACUGAGUGAAGACGAUUUCCGGAGAUAUCAGAAGAAUGUCGAUGCCGAAACGAAAAAAAUCCUCAAAAGUCGAGUUUUUGCGUGGAAAGCUCUCGAAUUUGACGAAUAUCGGUCUCGGAUGUACUUAUUCGCGCGAAGUGCGGCAGAUUAUGCGGCGAUAAAUGCUUGUUUGAAGGAAAUCAUAAGACGCGAUCCGAAUUUUAGACCUGCGAGUUUUUUCGAUUUUGGCUCGGGAGUUGGCACUGGCACGUGGGCUGCAUCGAAUUAUUGGAAAAAUACAAUUUAUGAGUAUUUUAAUGUGGAUUCGUCGGGUCCCAUGAACGAUUUGGCGGAAUUGAUUCUCAAAGGAGGUGACGAAAAUAAAAAAAUUUCACUGAAAAAUGUUUUUUAUCGACAGUUUUUGGGAGCACCAACGACAUCUUACGACUUGGUAUUGAGUGCCUUUUCACUGAUCGAAUUGCCAAACAGAAAAGCUCGCCUUGAAACUUUAGCAAAUUUAUGGGCUCGGUGCUCGGGAUAUCUCGUUCUCAUCGAAUUAGGCACAAAUACCGGCUUUAAACUGAUACAUGAGGCACGAAGUUUCAUUACUUCAUUGAGGGAUGACGAUGAACAAGGUGAAGGAUAUCUUUUUGCUCCUUGCCCUCAAGAAGGCUUAUGUCCCCGUUUCGAAGACGAAAACGACAAAUCUCCGUGCAAUUUUGAAGUCAAAUACUUUCCGUUGCCAUUUUUCAACCAAAACGAGCCGCGAAAAGACAAAUUUUCGUACGUAAUUUUCAAGAAAAAUGGCAAAAGAGAAGAUGAUCCGGCAGUGGCGUGGCCCAGAUGUGUCAGACCGACAAUAGCAAAGCCAAGGCAUACGUUCUGUCGGAUAUGCACGAAGGAAGGGUGUUUGCAAGAAGUUGUCUUUACGCCGGGAAAGCAUGGCAAGCAAGCGUAUCAGUUGGGCAAACGGAGUAGAUGGGGCGAUCAGUUGCCGAUGGAGCUGGAAGUUGUGCAAAAAGAUGAAAAUAAAGAAUAAAGUUUAAGAAUUUUGACAUAGAAUGAAUUAAAAAAAAAUUUUUUUUUGCUUAAUUUUGACAUCCAGAAUGAGUUUUUAAGCUGUUUUGAGUCUAAAAAUGGCAAAAACUAAGAAAAAUUUUAAUCUUUUCUAAAAAUAAUUUAUUUUUUC